GCAAACCCAGGUUCACUCAGCAUCCGGAGCAGCUGCCUGCAUCCCAUGAUGGGAUUUGGGUAUUUCCAGCCUUGGGGACUGGGUUUAUUAAGCCCGUUUGGCCCCUCCUACUGUGGGAGGGACGGCUCCAGCAGCCUUUCUAAUAGUGAGUGUCACACAGCAGUGACACCAUUCGGGUCCUGGAGUGUCACAGUCAGAGGACACAGCAGCCCAAGUGCAGCAGACAGAGGAGAUAACCCCUGCAUGUGCGUCCUCACGAGGAGGAAGAUGAGAUAAAGCUGCUCAGAUGGAGACCGGUUCCAGCAGCUUGAAGAAGCUCAAGUUUGGGAAGCUGAAGGUGGUUCGCCAGCGCUUGCUGCAGCGCUAUGAGCAUCAGCCCUUCGUCUCCUGCCUGGCUGGUUUCUACAGCUGCCAGUGGAAGCGGUACCAGCGCAGCAGGGCUGAGCCUGGGCAAUGCUGCUGCAAGAGGCGGGAACGCAUGUUUUUCCCAUUGCUUGUUGGAGCUUUCUUUUUCUCUCUGGUCUUUCUGUACAUGUGUGGGGAAGCGAAAAACGACUACAAUAACUUUGACUGGUAUAACUACGAGGCCCUGGGCUUCUGGUUCCUCUGGUCUCUUGUUCUCCUGAGUGUGGCUGCACUCUUGUUCACGUACAUCACGCUGUUAUUGGUCCUGGCGCUGUGUUUGCUUGCAGAAGGCCAGCAGCUCUACCUACACUGGAGUCACAAGAUUGGGACUUUGAUUGUGCUGAUCUGCUCUGUGACAGCCCUCUUCGUACUAUCCAUACUCUGGGGAGACCAAUGGAAAACUGUCUGCCUGUCCCUCCAGAUCACAGCUCCCUACCUCCACGUAGGAGCAAUAGCCAUCAUGGUCCUGCUGUCCUGGCCUGUGGCUUUUCAUGCCAUCAGAGCAGAUAGGAAAGUUAUUCAGGUGAUAAUUGUUGGUCCAUACCUGGCUAUCCUUCUCUUUCUUUUCUUGAUACCUCUGGGGAUGUACUCGCCUUGCAUCAGGCAGAUGGGGACUCUUGGACCAAAGCCAGACCUCAUUGGACACCGUGGAGCACCAAUGCUGGCACCAGAAAACACCGAGAUGUCAUUUCAGAAGACAAUUGAACACGGUGGGGCUGGUCUUGAAACUGAUGUUACCAUCAGCUAUGAUGGGGUUCCUUUCCUCAUGCAUGAUAAAAACUUGAGGAGGACAACUAACAUCAAGGAGGUCUACCCCAAUGACGUUACUGAAAAUGCUGCGUUCUUCUCUUGGGAUACCUUGCAGAAGUUGAAUGCUGGGAAGUGGUUCCUUAAGGACAAACCAUUCUCAUCCAUCCGCUUACUGUCAAAGGCAGACCAAAACUGGGCAAUGAACCAGACAAUUUACAAACUGAGUGAUUUCUUGCGCCUCGCCGAGCGUCACAAUAAAUAUGUGAUAUUCGACCUCUACCGCCCUCCAGAUAAACAUCCUUACAGGGACUCCUGGGUCAACAGAACACUGGAAGUCAUCUCUGAGUCAGGGAUUAGACCUCAUCUGGUCCUAUGGCUGGAGAACAGCAUGAGGUCCUUUGUUCACUCUGUUGCUCCUGGGUUUCAGCAGACAAGUGGCAAAAAGGCCCCAGUCGAAGACCUAUUGAUGAGCAAUAUUGUCAAACUCAAUCUGGCCUACAAGGAAAUGUCCAGUGAAGAUAUCCGGAAAUACGCUGAAGCAAACAUCACCACCAACUUCUAUGUGAUCAGUGAGCCAUGGCUUUUCUCCCUGGCGUGGUGCUCUGGAGCACACUCUGUGACCACCAAUGCUGUCCAUAUACUGAAGAAUCUCAACCAGCCACUCUUCCUCAUGACUCCGAAGCAGUACAACAUCAUGUGGAUCCUGACAGAUCUGACCUCUAUGCUCCUCAUCUCGCUCAUCUUUGCUCUGCACUGGUGGCGUGAGCGGAGUUUCUCCUGCUGUGCCAAAGACGAUGACCUGAUGCUGGAGAAUGGCACCUACAACAAGUUCAAGACAGAGCUCAACAACAUGCCUAAUGUCACUGUCUGACAGCAAGCAGGGGAGGGAUGUGGACCUGCCACCUUGAUGAGGACUGGAGAGCAGACCAUGCCCUUCCUGCAAUGCAAACAUUGACCUGCCAAGGGGGGCCCAUAUCCCUGGUGACAAGGAGCCAUUUGCCUUUGUGACUGCUGAACAUGAGCACCAAGCUUCCUCUCCUAUAGCUGUUCUUGCAAUCCGUGCCUGGGAUGGAGGGGAACACAGAGUUACAGCCAUGAAGAAGCUGUGCACUGUGAC